AGAGUCAGAGUUGAAAGGUCAUCCUCAGAAACAUGGCCGCUCCCCUGGAUGACAUGUUUUCCUUCUGCGUGGACCCCGGCAAAGUCUCCACCUGCGUGGACGUCCGGUUUAUAGACAACACCAAGGGUAAAGGUCUCUUCGCCAAAAAGAGCAUCAAGAAGGGAGACACCAUUUUCUUUGAGCGGCCUCUGGUCUCCUCCCAGUUCCUGUGGAAUGCUUUGUAUAAAUAUAAAGCCUGUGAGUUCUGCUUACGUGCCCUGGAGACGGCGGAGGAGAACGCCAGGAGGCUGAGCGGCGUGCCGGGCCUCAGCCUGCCUCACCCCGAGCUCUGCCGCGUCCGCCCCGAGCUGCACCAGGCCUGCCCCCAGUGCCAGGUGAUGUACUGUAGCAGCGAGUGCCGUCAGGCUGCAGCGGAUCAGUACCAUCGGGUUCUGUGUCUGGGUUCCUCUCAGGACGACCCCGACCACCCCAUCAACAAGCUCAAAGACGCCUGGAGGAGUAUGCAUUACCCCCCAGAGACCUCCAGCAUCAUGCUGAUGGCCAGGAUGGUCGCUGCGGUCAAACAGGCCAAAGACAAAGCUCACUGGCAGAAGCUGUUCUCCCACUUCUGCAGCCGGACGGGUAACGAGGAGGAAGAAAUCGCCCAUAAGCUCCUGGGAGAAAAGUUCAGAGGGCAGCUGGCCUUGUUACACAGCCUAUUUAAAGCAGCACUUUAUGAUGAUCACCUGACUCGGUGGUUCGUCCCUGAAGGUUUUCGUUCUCUGUUUGCUCUCGUGGGAACUAACGGACAAGGCAUCGGCACCAGCUCGUUGAGUCAGUGGGUUCAUGCCUGUGAUGCACUAGAGCUUCCCGGCCAGCAGAAGGAGCAGUUGGACUCUUUUAUCGACCAGCUGUACAAGGACAUAGAGAAAGAAACGGGAGACUUUCUAAACUGUGAAGGCUCUGGACUGUUUCUGCUCCAGAGCUCAUGUAACCACAGCUGCAUACCAAAUGCAGAGGCGUCCUUCCCCGACAACAAUUUCCUGCUCCAGCUCAGCGCCCUUAGUGACAUCACCCCAGGAGAGGAGAUCUGCAUCAGUUACCUGGACUGUUGUCAGAGGGACCGAAGCCGUCACAGCAGACACAAAACUCUGAGGGAGAACUACCUGUUUGUCUGCUCGUGUCCAAAGUGCGUCUCCCAGAUGGACGAGCUGGACGUGACAUCAGAGGAGGAAGAGGAGGAGGAAGGCGAGGCAGAAGGGGAAACAGAAGGGGAUGAGAUGGAAGAUGAAAUGACAGAUGUCUGAUGAAAGACUUAAAGCCCAUAUUGUUCUCAGCCAUUCCCUGUCCUGCCACCACGCUAAGCAUCAUGAAGCCCUGAGGAAUAAAAAAACACCAGUUCAGACUAUGAGCUGCUGCAUUUCACCACAACUGUCCAAACGUGUGGAAAAAUGUCUCAAAUCACCACAUUUCACUCAUUCUUUGUCUGGUUUUAGAGUUCGGCCACAGAACGGUGACAGGUUUCACUCUGCUUCAGCACAUUGAGUUUAAAUAAAACAGAGUCAACAACAAAGCUCUGCUAGGCCUUUUUACACUGCUACCAGGUGUUUUCUUUUUUGUAAAUUUUAUUUAUGCAAAGUUUUGGCACAUAUAUAUAUAUAUACAGACACAUACAGUACAAUAAACAUAGAAAAAACCCAACCGAGAAAAAAAUAAUUAAGAUAAAAGUAAACAAACAGAUAAAACAAAACAGAAGCAACAGACAGCCAGCCACCACUUCAAUCAUUAACGUAAAAAGAAAAUGUGCAUAAAAAAACAUGUCGGUCCAACAAAAUGUCCCCAAUUGUCCACUCGCAUGAAAUGAAAAGGCCCGAGCCAGAGGGGAACAGCAAAGUCUCAUAACCCAGAUACAUAUCAAGAAAAAAUAUACAAUAUAUAUAUAUAUAUAACGUAUAUUUAUAUACAAUAUAAUAUAAUAAAAAAAAUAAUAAUUACUUAAUAAAAUAAAAAGAAAGCAGUGCGUUCAGGUACCAGUUUGAGGUUUAUCUUUUCUAAUGUAUUCAAUAAAAGGGCCCCAGAUCUUUUUUCACCUAUCAUGAGAAUUAGACAAAGAAAAUCGAACCUCCUCGAGGUGUAAACAGGAAACCAGAUCAUUCAGCCACCUUUUGAAGCAGGGAGGAGAAGCAGACUUCCACUCCCUUAGGAUCUGCUACCAGGUGUUUAA